CUCACCCACCCACAUCAUUCAAACAACAUCAACUAGUCUCCAGUAACAAUUAUUUUUCUAUUAAAAAGAAUGACAGGAUUAUCAUCAAACAUGUUUAGCAGUCACAAAGAGAACAAAAUGCACUGGGAGCAAGGUGCAGUGCUAGACAUAAGCUGGAGCAGCGACGGCAGUCUACUCACCGCAGCUGGCACAAAGGGACCACCACGGACAUGGCGUCUGGAAAAGGGCGGGCACAAAGAAGGAGAGGAGCUCAAAGCCCUCGGUGCAUCCAUCGAGCGACUCUCUUGGUGCCCCUCUGCCCACCAAAGCUCCCUCCUUGCAGCGGCAUCUUACGACCGCACCAUAUAUCUCUGGGACCAGCGCCAAUCUGCGGUUUCAUACAAGCUCUUGACGAGCGGCGGCAAUUCGGAUAUAAGCUGGAGUCCGACUGGGAGAUUUCUGGCGACUAUCAAUCGGGACGACAAUAAGGUGGAGUUUUUUGAUAUGGCGCAGAGAACAGUGUUUGUAAGCGCAGAUGUAGAGGACGCGGUUUACUCGGUCAAGUGGGAUCACAAUGAAAGUAUGGUUAUGUUGGCGACGCAGCUGGGCACCGUUGAGGUGUAUGAGUGGCCGGGGAUGCGCCAUAUCACUAGGGUGGCGGCCCAUGCGGCGUCGUGCAAUUGCGUGACUAUGGAUGACCGCGGUGUCAUGGCAACUGGUGGGGCGGAUGCAUUAGUGGAGCUGUGGAAUAUGGAGGACUUUUCUGUCACAAAAACUUUGGUGGCGCACGAGUCGCCGCUGCUUUUUGUCGAUUUUAGUAUGGAUGGCCGGUUCCUGGCCAGCGCGUCGGAUGACUUGGCGGUGCGCAUCCAUGAGGUGUUUUCGGGCGAACUGAUGCAUAGCUUGCCGGUUGAUUCUCUGACCACAGCUCUGGAGUGGCAUCCACGCAACCAAGCGCUGGCCUAUGGCUCGGCAGGAUCCGGGAAGGACUCGGCCAAGCCGGCAGUGACUAUUUUCUUAAAAUCAUAAAUUAUAUAUAUGUUUUUUUUUUUAAAAAAAUUACAUUGCUAUCUAUAUAUAUA